AUAUUUAGAGUGUAUGUAAAGUUUAUAAAGUUUAUAUAUGUAGUAUGACGUUAGAGAGCCGCAGGUAAGACCCCCGCAGGUGUGUCGGAUCCUCUCUGCGCACCGCGCGGAGCUGCGCCAGUGACGCAACCAGUUUCCCAACUUUACGGAGUCAUCCCGAUAAAACCCGAAGUGACGGAAAACCAGUGUCCGUCAAUGGAAACCCCCCAGAGGAGACAGAGUGCGGAUAAAAGCUCCAAACUGCUGCAAAUGGAAGCUGAAAGAGAACUUGCCGAGUUUACCGGCGGACAGACACCGAGACCGACCGACAGACCGACCGACAGACCGCCGCUCUGACAGACAUGAACUCUCUGAUAGUUGUCGCCCUGCUGCACUACUUCCUGUUUGCAGUUCUGGUCCGAUCGGCUCCCGUCAGCUCGCCGUCCAACCCGCCGCCAGCGUUCAGAGAGGCGGCCGAGCGAGCGAAGACCCUGGUGGAGAAAAUCCUGAGAGACAUCCCCGCCGUGCACGCCGCCACCGUCAACACGCAGGGUUUGACCCUCGACCCCUCGACUCAGACAGCAAACCUGCAGGUGAUGAUGCAAUCACUGAGAAUCCCUGCGGCGCCCGUCCUCAAACCGCCAUCAGAGCGCUUCACACUGGAGAUGAGUGUGAGUCGUAUGUGUGCGGGCAGCCGGCUGUACCAGAGGCUUCUGGGAGUUUUGUCUGACAGACUGAGCGGACUGAGCGACCUGCGAGCCGACCUCAGAGACCUGCUGACGCACAUCAACAAGAUGAGGGAGGCGGCUCAGCUCGGCGCCGGUGGUGGCGUGGAUCAGGACCACGGUCUGGACCUGACCUCUCGCAGUGACUACGACGUCCAGGUGGCGGUCCACCUGACGCUGACACAGCUUCGCUCCUUCUGCCACGACCUCAUCCGCAGCCUGAGAGCCGUCGCCACCUACAGGCCCAGAGCUGCAGGUGCACUGUAAGCUCCGCCCACCUGGCGCCACACCACACUGUGUUCAAGGACACUGCUGAGGAGUCUGAAGGUCGUGACCUCAGGGAGGAACCCCGGUGACCUUUGUGACAGGGAUCACAUGUUGUUCCCUCGCAGGUCGCCGUACGUCAGCUGCACAGAGUGAGAUGUCUUCCCAGAGAAACAAUCUGUGCUGAGGAUUUAUUUAUUGUUUAUUUAUUGUUUAUAUAUUGUUUAUUUAUUGGGAGGUGUUUGUUUGGGAUUCAGAGGGCCACAGAAAGGAGUUUUAUUGUGAAGGGGACUCCCUCAGACCACAAUCAGCAGGAAUGUGAGAAUCUGAGAGCUGCAGGUCUGAACCUGUUGGAGUCCUGAAACCUGCUGCUCUCAACAGCGGCUGCAGAACAAAACUGGAACUUAUUUUCACUCAGAAAGUUUCAGCAACACAAAUUCAAAACAUUAUUGAUGAAGUAUUUUUUAUUGAUCAUAACAUAAGGUCAGUGUCACUAAAAGCUGCUUCACCAACAAUGUUUUACACUUUGAGUUUGUUUUACUUAAAGGAAGUUUUAAAAUUCAAACUAAUGGUUUUAUAAUAAUCAAUAAUAAUCAAUGAUCAGAUGAACCAUCUGAUCAGAACUGAGUGUAAUUAGUGCCAAUUCUGCUGCUCCUGUUUCACAGUAAGAGAACCAUGCAGAUGCUUUUACUGUGAAGCAGCCACAGGAAGUGCAUUAUAUUUGUUUUUCAUGUUUUGUUUUUGUUUAUUUAUUUAUAUUUGAGACGUGAUGUUUGGGUAGAGAUCAGUUUGUAUUUAUCGGCUGUUAUUUAUCAUAUUUUUUAUUUAUUGAUUAAUUUUAUUAGUAAAUAUUUAUUGGUAGCACACAGAAACUUGAAUGUGCUUCUAGUGACAAUUAAUUAAUUUAAUUUAUUUUAUAUUUCAUUUAAACUAUUAAUAAUAUUUACUGCACGGACAUAUUGUUUCAUGUUAUGGUUUUCAUUUGAGUGAAUUUAUUUUGGAGGAACUCUGACGAGACGAGAGAGGCUUAAACAAACAGUAGAGAGAGAGAGAGAGAGAGAGAGACAGAGAGAGAGAGACAGGGAGAGAGACAGAGAGAGACAGAGAGAGAGAGAGACAGAGAGAGAGAGAGACAGGGAGAGAGAGAGAGAGAGAGAGAGAGAGAGAGAGAGAGAGGGAGAGUCACUACAGGAAGUUCCUCAAGUUGAGCAACCAGUGAUGAUGUCAGAGCAGUGAUGAUGUCAGAGCAGGUCACCGUGUGAACAGGAAGUUGUUUCAUUGUGUUCAGGUGUGAAUCUGAACGUCUCUUAAAGAGACAGUGUACCCUGUGGGUCAACAGAGUUAUUGAUGUUAUUUAUUGUUUGUUUGUAAACAUUCUUACGUGAUGAACCUGUUUUGUAUUUGAUGUUUUUUAUGUGUUUUUAUGAUGAGACACUAACAGCCAAUCAGUGCGUCUGUUUUUAUAAUAAAACGGGGUGCGUUCCAUUCA